CCAAAGGUUUCGUGGAGAGACGAAGAGCUCGUGGAAGGAGCGGAACCUAUAAGAUUGUCUGUUCUUGCGUUUAGAACUACCUGGACCUUCGGGGAGAGGUCCGAAGCCGGCUUCUUAGCCCUCCCCUCGUAUUUUUACAGUAACAUUUUCCCUACACAGCCUACUGCUAGGAUUGCUAAUCUAGUAGUCGUUACGAUUUUUUGUUACGGGGCAGCGAUAUGCUUUGUUCUCUCCGCAACGCGAGUUCACACAUUUUGCACUGUGGCCAAUUACUGGAACAAGCUGGACUAUUUAGGCAUACUCCUCUUGAUGUGGGGUGCUAGCGUUCCAACAAUCUACUAUGGGUUUACGUGCAACCCACAGCUGCAAAAGCUAUACUGGACAACGACGACAGCCACUGCGGUAGGCUGCACAGUACUGACCCUUAAUCCGAUCUUUAGUCCACUAGCGUUCCGACGCUGGCGUGCAGCAUUCUAUGCCAGUUUUGGAUUGAGCUCCCUGGUCUUCAUAAUGCACGGCAUUCUUCUACAUGGGUUGGCGGUGCAGAUAUCGCGAAUGUCGCUGGCGUCGAUGGGUUGGAUGGGAACCGCCAAUCUCGUUGGUGCUGCCAUAUAUGCAGCUAGGGUAUGCACGGCUAGCCGCCUUGGGCAUCACUCGUUGCUUACUGCCGCAGAUUCUAGAGAGGUGGGCACCUGUCCGGUUCGACAUGUUCGGGGCGAGCCAUCAGAUACUGCACGUUGCAGUCAUAGUGGCGGCGUGUAUUCACUUCUGUGGGGUGGCCGAGGCCUUUUCAACAGUGCAUGCUCCGCUAAAUGCAUGUUUCCACAAGUCAAGAACGGACUUUCGAGCUGGAGAACUAGAAGCAUCGAAAAUAGACGAUGUUUCGAUAUAGGCACUCGCGGCACUCGUCCACGGUUACUGUAUUGCUUUACGUACAUGGCUCAUCGAGCCUCAGGAUCUGGCAGACCUUAUGUUCAUCUUUACAGGUAA